CUCCAUUGCGCAUGCUCGACCGGCGAUUCGCGGUUGCGCCAAAGGGGAGAGGAUGUUGCUAGCAGCCAGUGUAGAUGCACUGCCGUUUUCACAACAAUAACAUCGUCAAAAUUCCCAUCCUUGCUUACAUUUUCAGUGGAUUCUAUUGCAAACGCUUCUGGAAGUCGUGCAAGUUGGAUCGCAUCUGCUCAUUUGGGGGUUAUGUUUUGGGACUACGUCCUCUGUUGACAAUGGGAGCGGAGGGGUUUGCAGAUUUACAAGGCUCAUUUUUGCAGGAGCAGAAACAAGAAUCAUGGCUGGCCAGCUAGGCCGCAGACGGAGGUUUUGUAGCAAACAACAGGCGUAUUUGGAUACAAGAUACGCCAUAUUGGAUUGCUCUUACCGCUAAAAGCUGGCUCAAAGAACCCAGUGUUUUAAAACGCGAUUGUCGCUCAGUUUGGUUGUUGUGUGACGUGUAAGACAAGCUAACGAAUCCGCUAGCCCCACAACCUUGACUGCUCGACGUCUUCGUUAGCCCAUUAGCCGGCUAACGAUAGCCAGCGUUUCUUGGGCAACAGUCCGUUGUUCAGUUUAUUUUAAAAAUACGUAGUGCGACAUUGUUAGGCCAACACUCAUUAUCGUGUGCCUAGUAGUAACUAGGAUCGCCCAUUUAAGUUGUUACUUUUGCCCCGGAUGAAUGUGGGACAAAAUGGAGACCCCGACGAUUGUGUACGAUUUGGAUACAUCUGGGGGCUUAAUGGAGCAAAUACAGACACUUCUGGCGCCCCCGAAGUCCGAGGAGGUCGAAAAGAGAAGUCGGAAGUUGGGAAGAGACGUCCGGAGAAGCGGCAGGGCCACUAACCACGACACCUGCGAUAGUUGCCGAGAAGGGGGGGAUUUGUUGUGCUGUGAUCACUGCCCUGCAGCCUUCCACCUCCAGUGCUGCGACCCACCCCUCAGUGAAGAGAAGCUUCCUCCAGGAGAAUGGAUGUGUCACCGCUGCAAUGUUCGAAAAAAAAAGCGAGAGCAAAAGUCUGAACAGACGAAUGGGCUGCUGGAAAAGUCCUGUGCUAAGCGCGCUUCCUCUCCAACUAUGGAGCUGGAGCUUGGCGCCGGCCCACUGCGUCUUGAUGGCCUCCCUCCAGGGGCUGGAGCCGCAGGGCCUGGUCUUCGCGUGGCCCAGGUACGCCUCUUGGACCGUAGGAGUAGCAGCAGGCCAAGCAGCCGCCCAGGCACGCCAACUUCCAAUACUUCGUCGACCCCUACUCCCUCAGAGGAGCAGAAUGAUGGAGAAGAGGAGGUAGCUGAGCCUGAGGAUGAUGUUCAGGGCAAUGAGCUUGAAAAUACCGAAUUGUCUUCUCCAACCCCGCGUCUUCUCAAGAGGCCCUUUCAGCUGCUCAUAGCUGCCGCUAUGGAGAGAAAUCCUACACAGUUUCAGCUACCCAGUGAACUUACGUGUACUACUGCAUUGCCAGGCAGCAGUAAACGAAGGAAAAAGGAAGAAUUACUUGGGAGGCCCUUCAGGCGACCGCAAUAUGAACUAGAUCCUAAUGGUCUGGUGCCGUUACCAGUCAAAGUCUGUUUUUCAUGCAACAGGAGUUGCAGGUUGGCUCCCUUAAUACAGUGCGACUACUGUCCUCUCCUCUUCCACACGGAUUGUCUGGACCCACCACUUACAGCUUUACCUGCUGGAAAAUGGAUGUGCCCAAAUCAUGUUGAGCAUUUAGUGCUAAACCAGAGGAGCCUGAGCCUGUCCAGUCGAUGUCAGCUUUUUGAUGAGUUUCAGGACAGAAUGUCCCAGCAUGCUGUCAAGUUGGACUUCCUGCGCAGAGUCCAUCGGCAGUUUUCACCAAACUGUCGGACCACUCAGCAGUGCAACAAAAAGACUAUCAAGGUACCGGAUGCCAUCAAGUCUCAGUACAGGAAUCCCCCCUCCAUUCUACAUCCUGCAGGCGUACGCCAAUUGGAGCUAGUUUGUAGUGGUGUCCCUGAACAUCCGUCCACAAAUCACCUCACCACAGACGCUGAGCAGCAGGAGUGGCUUCAGGAUGUCAUCGCCCUCCAGUGCAGCAUCAUGCGACACUUGUCCACCAAGCAGAAUAUUUCAUCCAAGCCACCGUCAGCACAGUUGGACUCUGACAAUAAAGACAGGUGCAAAUCUUGUACAGCAUCAGAGGAUGUGAGAAGUCAUCCCUCUUUACAACGGACUUCUCCUGGUCCCUACUCUAAUCUUUGCAGUACAACCGAUGACCCAGAGGGGUCCGCUCCAACACGGGACACAUUAGCACAGCAGGUUGUUUCUAAAUCGAGCAUACCACCCUGCCAGAACUGUAGUAAACCUAAUGGACCUCUAACAGAGGAGUGUCAUCCUUCCAAAACAAAUGGACCAUUAGAGUGUAACAGUGAGUCCCAGUAUUAUGUACAGGAAAUCCCACAGCACAGACUAAAGCCCUGCACAGCCACCCAUGACUCAGCUGCUGCCUCUGACCUGGUGAACCACAUAGGAACCGAAACACUGAAAAAGGAGCCUGAGAGCACUACAGAAGCUUGCACUCCAAAAUACCGCCCUGUAUCCACGACUACCUGCUCUCAAAGCAACCAGCAGAACCAUAGGACCCAGGCAGAGCUCCAGAUUGAGUCUAUGAGCAACAACGUAAAAUCCUGUGACUCCAUUACCAGCCAAGAGCAAUAUUCCAGCAACAUUGAAUCAUCAUCGCCAAGCCCAGAUAUGAAGGCUGGCUUGGGACUGACGGACUCGUUGCUAUCUAGUUCACUUUCCUCCAUCACUAACCUCUGCUUGAAAGAUUGCAUAGAUGAAAAUGGAGGGAUCGAGCUGGCCAAGCUAGAUACAGAAAUGAUCAAGUUAUUGGCAUGGCAGAGGAUCCAGCAGCUUUUCCCUUGUAAAGCCCCCAGUCCUCUACCUACAGACACCAGCGAUGCUCCCAAGCCCCCUCCAUCUCUCCCAGACUAUCAGAAAAGUUUGAGAGCCCGGGCAGUCUUCUAUCCACUGACGGGAAAAGGAAGGGCUGUUAACAUGUGCUAUAGGACGUUAUACAUAGGAUCAGGUGCUGACAUGGAUGUGUGCCUUCCGAACUACGGUCAUUGCAACUUCAUAUCGGGGAAACACGCCUGUAUAUUCUACGAUGAGAACACCAAGCAUUACGAGUUGCUGAACUACAGUGAGCAUGGCACAACAGUGGACAACGUCCUCUACUCCUGUGACUUCUCUGAGAAAGCCUCACCGUCUCCACCCAGUGGCCUAGUGGCGAAAGUCCAAGGCAUCAUUCGUCGCAGCAAGAAGUGGACAGAUGAAGAGGGUCCCGCGUCUGUGGUGGGAUUGCUCCCAGCCGGCGGAGUGAUGAGCAGCCACCCGCAAGGUGGCUUGGAGCAGUUGUGCAGCUGCAAGGCAAGCAGCUCAAGCUUAAUUGGAGGCAGCGGAGCAGGCUGGGAGGGCACGGCCAUGCUCCACCAUGGGAGCUACAUAAAACUGGGCUGCCUCCAGUUUGUGUUCAGCAUCACAGAGUUUGCCAGUAAGCAGCCGAAGGAGGAAGACAGUACAGCGCCUGCGACCGGUUGCACCAGCGGCAGCGCUUUGAGCCUCGCACAGACCACAAUUGCACCACCUCCUCGCGACACUGCCACAGCCAGCAGCCCCUCCAGCCAGGAUGAGAUGGAGCCAGCGCCUUCCGACCAAGUGCUCACUCUGUAGUCACCACCACAAACGGACUUCCCCCCCCCCCCCCCCCCUUGUUUUCGUUUCGCACCUUCUAUGACACAAAGUAAUGGUAAAGCUGCACAGUUGGCUGGCGGGCAGGGAAAAUGAUUUUGUUUUUUAGGUCAUUGUUAAUGAUUUAUAUAUUUGCAUGAACAUGGGAGUAUAAUUGACAAUCGUGUCUAUUUUUUUGAAUGACUGACAUCUGUUCAUGUUAGACCGACUUUGAGCAAAGCGUCUUAGUCUAUGCUCAGUUAUUUUGCCAGUAUAUUAUGUAUGAUGUAAACUUACUUUGUCAGUCUGUCUGUCUGUCUGUCUGUUUAGCACAAACGUCUAAUUUUGUUGUUUUGACUUACAUGCAUUCUAUAUCCAGCUGCCUGUGUGCUCUGUUUGUAUGGCAAAGUACACUACUUUUCACAACUUUGGGGCCAUCCAGAAAUGUCCUUAUUCAAAUAAAGAAAUAAAGCGCAAUCUUCAUGCAGGACCAUCAAAAUGUUUGGGGGUGACGGGGUCACUUAGAAAGGUCGUUAUUUUUAAAUGGCAUCAACAUUGAAUUGAUCAGAUAUACAGGCUUGACAUUUUUAAUGUGGUUUAAUGGAA